CGCGCAUGCGUCAAAAAUCUGUGUACGGAAGAGCUGCAGCAGCACGUCGAAUGGUUCCAAACAGAGAUGUUCAAACACGUUUUCUUGACAGGACCUCCAGGCCCCUGAGGCUGAAAUGGAUUACGCAUUUGGUGUGGGGAAAACCACUUUGGUCCAGAAAGCCUGCGAGGCUUUAGUGUCAUCAGGAGUGGGUGUUGAAGGGUUUUACACAGAGGAGGUCAGAGAGGGAGGCAGGAGAGUCGGCUUUGAUGUCGUCACUAUGACAGGAGAGAGGGGCCACCUGUCCAGAAUCAGAGAUGUUGCUGGUGCGUCUCAUGGCAGACGGGAAUACACAGUUGGGCAGUAUGUGGUUGACUUGCCUUCAUUUGAAAACCUGGCUCUCCCCCUCUUCAGAAACGUGGGGUCAGCAGCUGGGGCCAGCAGGAAGGUGUUUGUCAUUGACGAAAUUGGCAAAAUGGAGCUCUUCAGCCAGUCGUUCAUCAGGUCAGUGAGACAGACCCUAGAUGGCUCUUCCUGCACCAUCCUGGGCACCAUUCCCAUCCCUAAAGGUAAACCACUGGGUCUCGUGGAAGAAGUGCGGAGCAGGAGAGACGUCAAAGUCUUUACUGUGUCUAAGGAGAACAGAAAUGCUAUUCUACAAGACAUUUUAGCAGCACUACAAGACUGUCUAAAACAUACAGCCUAAUACAGAGCUAUUAAAAGGGGAACAGCUUAGCAGUUUGUGUGUAUUUUUGUGCUGACAACAAGUUUUAUUUGUGUCAGUGCAUAUACACUAAACACAGCCAGACCAUCCACUGGGUCUGUACACACUUUGUAACAGGGUUGUGACCCAACCUGAUGGGCGCCAGAGCUGCUGAAAGAGUUAGUGUGUCACAUGCAUGCAUUUAUGUACACAAUUCUUUUUUUUUCAUCCUCACGCAACCUCAAAAUGGAUUGCAUGCUGAAUAAUUGAUUGUGAGAUGGAACACAGCAGGGGAAUUGUUCGGUUAGUGUGUAAAUACCCCAUGCUCUCAGAGCAAAAGACUGCUUGGUCCUCAAAACAGCUGUGUUUUAUUUUUUAUUUAGCUGUUGGUCUUACCCAGACUCUGGCGGGCAGUUCUCAUUUUUAGUGCAUAAUAUUCAUUUGUUCACAAGGACAAGUGGUGCUGCUUUGUCUUUGAAAGCGAGCAAACAAAGCAGUGCCUCUUGUCAUGAAUUUAGCCCUGUGCUAUGUGAGCCUCCAUUGUGUUUGUCUUGUCAACCUGUGAAUGUGCCCACUGAACAUCAAUCAAUAUUUAACAGUACAUGUAUGUCCAAUCCUUUCAUGGUUUAUUCAUCUACUAGCAUGGACGAAGAAAUGGAAAAAUAAACCAUUAUUUCCUUUCAACAA